CGGUAUUGGGUUUUUACCCACCUAGUUUAUUCCGUUCAUCGCUGUUUAGUGCGCGUGAUUGUACAGUUGUUUUUCUUUUCCAUUCGCAACGAUGGAUCUGUUUGGCAAAUCACAGGACCGCAAGCCGAAACAUAUGGUGCAGGAAUGGUCGGAGAAGCUGCGCAAGGAAUCGUUCGCACUCGACUAUCAGGUACGGUGCAUCCAGCGGGAGGAGGACAAAAUCAAACGGUCGCUGAAGGAGGCGGCGAAAAAGAACGACAAGGAGGUGUGCACGAUACUGGCCAAGGAGCUGAUCCGAUCGCGCAAAGCGAUCAACAAAAUCUACACCAGCAAGGCGCACAUCAACUCGGUGCAGCUGCAGAUGAAGAACCAGAUGGCGACCGUGCGAGUGGCCGGCUCCCUGGCCAAGUCGACCGAGGUGAUGCAGGCGAUGCAGGCACUGGUGAAGCUGCCGGAGGUGGCCGCCUCGAUGCGCAAAAUGUCGAAGGAAAUGAUGAAGGCCGGCAUCAUCGAGGAGAUGAUCGACGAAACGAUGGAAUCGCUCGAGGAUGUCGAGGAGAUGGAGGAGGAAGCGCAGAAGGAGAUCGAUCACGUGCUGUGGGAAAUAACGGCGGGCAAGCUGGGCGAGGCACCGGCCACCCCGCUCGCCAACCCGACCAAGGACGAACCGUCGACGUCGCGCGCCGAAGCGGAGGACGCGGACGAGGAGGACGAUAUGAAGGAAAUGCAGAACCGAUUGCAGGCGCUGCGUUCGUGAAGAGGGCCGGGGUUUGCACAUGGCACACUUCGGCGGGUGCUUUUGCUUAACACACCUAACCUCCACCCUUACCUACACCUUAAAUACACUGUCCCGUGAGCGUUACGAUGUUUUGUCUAGGUAUUUGCCCAUAAAGAAUGGUGCGAUUUAAUGAAGAGUAAGAACCACUAUCCUGUAAGGACCUUCUUCCCCGUUUGAUGAACGUUACAAAAUAAAAUAUAAUUUAUCUUACCUCGA